GUCCCUACAGGUCUGGGAGAAUACUUCCUCCAAGGUCAUAAGGAUAACUCGAAGGACGGAAGGAGCAGCAUAGAACUCUGUAGUCUGUACUCCACAGUCCACUCCACAAGUACCCAAUUAGAGAGAGUAAAUGGCAACUAUAUCGACAUCCAUCUGUUCAAACCCAACUGCCAAUCCUCUGCGCAACUCCAUUUUCAAUGUUGCCUUCUGCUAUACUGGCUCAGGAAGGCACUGUGUGGCGUUCUGUUCCAACGAACAAUUAUCCAGCAAAAGAUUGUCAUACGCUCACCAACUAAGAGGAAGAGAUCACAGAGAUUUAUUGAAGCCAGUCUCUGCAGUCGGCUCAGGCUUGGAGACAUCUAUGACAGAUUCAAAGGCUGGUACACUAACACUUAAAACGGUUGAGAUUUCUGUUGAAUCUCAAGAUGCAGAGAAGAUCAAGUUGAGAGUGGACUUGCCUGGAGAAGAAACACAGAAGGCCUUUAACGUGGUCUUGUCAAACUUAGCUCGCUCAGCCCCGCCAAUUCCUGGUUUUCGCCGCCAAAAAGGAGGGAAAACAGCAAAGGUUUCGAGGAACUUACUUCUGGAUAUACUUGGUAGAGAGCGUGUUAGGAAUUUUGUUAUUCGGGAAAUAGUCACCUCUGCUGUGGCAGGUUAUGUGGAGAAGGAAAAUAUUAGUGUGAAGGAUGAUAAGAUCAACACAACUCAAUCUGAAGAUGAACUUAAACAAUGUUUCUUGCCUGGAAAUGCAUUUGGCUUCAAUGUUGAACUAGAGCUUGUAGAUAAAGAAACUGAAACUGCUAGCACUGAUGAAGCUGUAGAUGAAGAAUCUGAAACUGCUAGCACUGAAGGUGAAACAGAAUGAAUCUCUUACUCAAAAGCAGUUGUUCUGUAACGUCUUUUGUGCCGAUGGGGCUUGCACAUCCAAACAUGGCAUAUGUUAAGUAGUAACUGUGCACAAAGAUUAAACUUUGGUCAAAUUCCUAGCCACAAAGUUCUAUGAAGUUAAUCAAGUUUUGUUAGGAAAACAUGUGGUUUGCCUAUACGCUUCUUAGGUUUUAUGCAGCUGAAUUUGCAUGAGUAGGCAAUUGAAAAAAAGAAAAGAGAACUACCCAUGUACCUUACAAUUCUCGUAUCUGUUGGUGGUGCUAGAAUUUUGGACAGUAAGAUAAUAAUACUACCUUUUAGGCUCCA